AUGCGACGGCUCUUGACGUCUGGGCUAGUGCUGCUGCUGCUGCUUGCAGUGUGCGGUGUAGACGCGUGGAACUUUGGUGAGUCGCUCCCUGUCACUGUGCACAUGCGCCUGCAGCGCGAGACGCCACACGCCGCCGUGGCACGCGACGACGCGGACGAUGCGGAUGACAUCAUCGAUGCCGCUGCUGCUGCGGGAGAGGGGCAACAGUACACGCGCCAGCUGCCGCCUGACUCCUGCCCGCGCUUUGGCAUCAACAAGCGUGUGCACCACCCUGCCAAAUUGCUCUUCUCAUAUGCCCGCAACGCGUCGGCCGGUCCGGUGCAGUCCCUCAGUAGCGUGGCGCUGCGCUUCCAACUCGAACGCGGACUAAAGAAAGGCACAGCGUGGCUGCCGCUCCUGAAGGGCACGCGGCGGCGGUCCCCCACCGCACAUGAGAAUCAACUGCCAAGGGACGACGACACGCUGUACUUGUCAACUGUCGUGUUUAAGUUCGGCUUCCAGGGUGGCACGUUCAACAGGAUCACGUCGUUUCACGCGCACACAAUCUACUCGGCGAAGCUGCACGACGAAAUUGAGCUUCAGUACCACUGGGACGAACACCGCGCGUACAACCCGCACAGGGCUCUUAGCGUGUGCGCCGUCACUUCCGUCCUCACCGCCGUCGUAGUCCUCCACAUCAUUCUCUUCCGCGGGGGGAAACUCACACACCACUUUAGAGCCAAGAAGAUUGCCCUCCGCAAUCACAAGGAGUGA